GCAACCAUCACCAACUCCGGCUCCGACUCUUCUCCGUAUUCACCAACCGCUCCCCAUACUCAAACCCGUGCGAGGGCGACUUCUCUCCUGUAGUCGUACGAUUAUAAUCCCUCCACCCACUCUCUGACUCUGUCUCGUGCCCAUCAUCGGUUGCUUCAGAUCCGUGGCCGCUUUGGCGCUUCCAAUUCUCCGGAGCCUCCCAUGUUGAUGAAGAUCCACCUCUGAAUCCCGAAGAGAAGUUUGUUUCGGGGCUCGGUUCGGUUGUGGAGGAAGAUGGUGGUCUCCGGUCCAGUGACCGCCGGUCAGGUGUCAUUCUUGCUUGGCUUUUUCCCUGUUUUUAUUGCAUGGUUAUAUUCAGAAAUAUUGGAGUACCGAAGGUCUUCCUCUCUUACAAAAGUCCAUUCAGAUGUAAAUCUGGUUGACCUGGAUAAAGAAGCAGCCGAGGAAGAUGAUCGGGCUGCUUUGCUUGAACGAGGCUUAUCAAGAUCAUCAUCUACAAGAUUUCAUAAUGCAUCAGUCCGAGCAAAUUUGAUCAGGUUUAUAUCAAUGGACGAGUCUUACUUGCUUGAACAUCGAGCAGUGUUGAGAUCCAUGUCGGAAUUUGGGGCAAUUCUUGUUUACUUCUACAUUUGUGACCGGACAAAUCUGUUUUCACAGUCCACCAAGUCGUACAGCCGGGACCUAUUUCUUUUUCUCUAUAUUAUUCUUAUAAUAGCUUCAGCCUUGACUUCUUUAAAAAAGCACCUUGACAAAUCAGCUUUCACGGGGAAAUCCAUACUGUUCCUGAAUCGUCAUCAAACUGAGGAAUGGAAAGGAUGGAUGCAGGUUCUGUUCUUAAUGUACCACUACUUUGCUGCCACUGAAAUGUACAAUGCAAUACGAGUGUUCAUUGCUGCUUAUGUGUGGAUGACUGGCUUUGGGAAUUUCUCUUACUAUUACGUGCGUAAGGAUUUCAGCCUUGCUCGGUUUGCUCAGAUGAUGUGGAGGCUAAAUAUCUUUGUGUCAUUUUGCUGCCUUGUCCUGAACAAUGAUUACACCCUGUACUAUAUCUGUCCAAUGCACACACUUUUUACUCUCAUGGUUUAUGGAGCACUUGGCAUCUUUAACAAGUAUAAUGAGAUUGCACCUGUAAUGACCAUCAAGAUAAUAUGUUGCUUUCUGGUGGUGAUCUUAAUCUGGGAAGUUCCUGGGGUGUUUGAUCUCCUGUGGACUCCUUUCACGUUCUUGAUAGGAUACAAAGAUCCAGAUCCUAAAAAAGCAAAUUUACCACUCUUACAUGAGUGGCACUUCAGAUCUGGCCUUGAUCGCUAUAUUUGGAUCGUUGGAAUGUUAUAUGCAUAUUACCAUCCAACUGCUGAAAGAUGGAUGGAAAAGCUUGAAGAAUCUGAUACUAAAAGGAAACUGUCUAUUAAAACAAGCAUAGUUUCUAUUUCCUUGUUGGUUGGUUGUUUAUGGUAUGAAUACAUCUACAAACUAGAUAAAAUUACCUACAACAAACUUCAUCCAUACACGUCAUGGAUCCCAAUCACUGUUUAUAUUUGCCUGCGGAACUUUACCCAGCAGCUUCGCAGUUACUCCCUCUCUCUCUUUGCGUGGCUUGGUAAGAUCACACUAGAGACCUAUAUCUCUCAGAUCCAUAUUUGGCUGAGGUCGAGCAUGCCAAAUGGUCAGCCCAAAUGGCUACUUUGUUUCAUUCCAAGUUACCCUUUGCUCAAUUUCCUACUUACUACGGCAAUUUACCUCUUUAUAUCAUACAGAAUAUUUGAUCUGACAAAUUUAUUGAAAGCAACCUUUAUCCCUAGUAAAGACAGCAAACGUCUCUCCCAUAAUUUUAUUUCUGGAGCGAUCAUUUGCGUCUGCUUGUAUUUCAUCUCAUUGGUUUUUCUUCACAUUCCUGGAAUAUCGGGAUGACGUUAGUUCCGUGAGGUUUUUCUGAUCAGCUGAAAAAUUAUCAUGAUUGGGUUAAGAAGACCGUGAGGUUUUUCUGAUCAGCUGAAAAAUUAUCAUGAUUGGGUUAAGAAGACAACUCCUGUUGGUCACAACAUCUGCUAUACACUGUUUUUUUGGACAUAAUCAUGCUUUUAUGUCUUAAAUCAACCGUCUGAUUGGCGUGCAGUUAUUGAAAUAGGAUCAUAGAGAGGUUAGUGGCAGUUUGUUAUGAAGGAAUCUUAAGUUGUAUAUUAUAUGGAUGACACUGAAUGAGCAUCCAUCCCCUGUAAUACCAUUCCCUGUAAUAAUUGGAUACUUUUUUGUCAUUGUUUCAUUGAUUCUACAUUGUUAUUACAGAAAGCACCUGAAAGAAAGGCUUCUUUUCAUGUGUCA